AUGGGAGGUCCUCUGAGCCUUCAAGCGUCUAACCAUCCAGGUAUGAGUUUAGUCUCAACACUUCUUCUAGGACCUGAUUUCAGAUCUUGGAUUAGAACUGUUAGAAUAGCCCUAGGUGCCCAGAUGAAAUUAGGAUUUGUCGAAGGCACAUCUUCAGCACCUAGCAAAGACUCCGAGGGAUAUGAACAGUGGAAAAGGUGUGACUUCAUGGUCACAUCUUGGAUUCUCAACUCCAUCUCCAAGGAGUUGGUUGAUGGCUUCAUAUAUACUGCCUCUGCCAGAGAUCUCUGGCAAGAGAUCUGUGAGAGAUUCAGAGAGCGCAACGGACCUAUGAUUUAUGAGUUGCACAAGAAGAUAUCUAUCAUCUCUCAAGAAAAUCAAUUUGUGUCAGUCUACUUCACUAAGUUAAAGAGAUUGUGGGAUGAGCUUGGAUCUAUAGAAAUGCUUCCAACAUGUAACUGUAGAGCCUCUAGGGCCAUAGCUGAAAUAACUAAUAGGAAUAGGCUCAUACAAUUCCUAAUGGAUCUGAAUGAGGCCUUCGGAUCUGUGAGAGACCAGGUAUUGGGGAUGGAAUCUUUACCAAUAGUGAAGAAGGCUCACUCGAUGGUUGUGAAAUUUGAGUCUCAAAGGGAAAUUCUGGGCAAUGAAUGA